AUGUUUAAAUUUAAUUUUGAUAUUGAUGAAAAUAGUAAACGUGAAUGUUCAAAUGAGAAACAAGACGAUAUUAACGUAUCAAAUCAAGAAUUUGGUUGUUUUUAUCUAAAUGAUUUACAAAAUGAAGAUGCAGAACAUGGUCGAAACAAAUUUGAUUCCUAUACAUCAGAUCUUGUGCCCAAUGUAUAUGAAGGUGGUUUCAAAACGUGGGAAUGUUCGCAUGAUUUAGUUGCCUAUUUAUCAUCUAUUGUUAGCAAUUUUCAAGAGAUGACAACAGUUAUAGAACUUGGUUGUGGUAGUGGUCUACCGGGCUUGGAAUUAAAUAAACAUCGCAGAUUUCAUGUUGACUUUCAAGAUUUUAAUCGUGAAGUAGUCGAACAAACAGGAAAACAAUUGAAGAGCGAAGAGGCAAAUUAUAACAAUCGUAUGUUUUUCGGUGAUUGGGGUGAUUUAGUCAAUGUGAUACCAUCUAAACAUUAUGAUAUUAUUCUUACUUCAGAAACAAUAUACAAUAUUGGAAAUUAUAGAAAAUUAGUUCAAUUAUUUGAUCAUUGUCUAAAAGCUCAAGGUGUUAUAUAUCUCGCGGCUAAAAUAUAUUAUUUCGGUGUUCAAGGUGGUGUACGCCAAUUCGAAGAAUUUAUUAACAAAACUGGUUUAUUCAAUAUUCGAGUUGUUCGAGUUAUUGAUGCGAAUGUAAAACGUGAAAUUCUUGCAAUCAAACGUUCGACUUGUUGA